AUGAAGCUCUCUUUGCUGUCUCUGGCAACCCUGGUUGGGGCCGCCGUUGCGGACAUAGACCCGAUUGUUAUCAAGGGUUCUAAAUUCUUCUACUCUAGCAACAACACCCAAUUUUACCUUCGCGGUGUUGCUUAUCAGCAGGAUACGACCUCCAGCACUGGCUACAAGGAUCCGCUGGCGGAUGCCGCGGCUUGCAAGCGUGAUGUCCCCAUUAUGGCGGAGUUGCGCACCAACGUGAUCCGUACCUACUCCAUCAAUGCCACGGCCGAUCACUCUGAGUGUAUGAAGCUUCUGGCAGAGGCCGGCAUUUAUGUCAUUUCCGAUCUGUCGUCCCCGUCAGAGUCCAUUGACCGCAGCGAUCCUGAAUGGCAGACCACCCUCUACACCCGCUACACCAGUGUGAUUGACGAGCUGUCUCAGUACAACAACACUAUCGGUUUCUUCGCCGGUAACGAGGUCGCCAAUUCCGUUUCUACCACCGAUGGUAGCGCCUUUGUCAAGGCUGCUGUUCGUGACAUGAAGAAGUACAUCAAGGAGAAGGGCUACCGGACAAUGGGUGUUGGAUACGCCACUGCCGACGUCUCGGCCAUUCGGGAGGAUCUUGGCAACUACUUCGACUGCGAGUCUGACGAGCAGUCCGUCGACUUCUGGGGCUACAACAUCUACUCUUGGUGUGGUAACUCUACCUACCAGGAGUCAGGAUACAAGGCCCGCACCGAGGAAUUCCGCAACUACACUGUCCCCGUCUUCUUCGCUGAGUACGGCUGCAAUGACGUUACCCCCCGCCCUUUCACUGAAGUCACGGCUCUUUACGGCGACACAAUGGCCGAGGUCUGGUCUGGUGGCAUUGUCUACAUGUAUUUCCAGGAGACUAACAACUACGGUCUUGUCUCGGUUGUUGACAGCACCAGCGUCAGCAAGAUGAAGGAUUUCGCCUCCUACUCGGAGCACAUCGCCACUGCGACUCCCACCGGUACCAACAAGGCUUCUUACACCCCGACCAACACCGUUCUGCAGAGCUGCCCCACCGUGGGCUCCGAUUGGAUGGCUAAGGCCUCCCCCUUGCCCCCGACUCCGGACCUUGACCUGUGUGGCUGCAUCUAUGAUGCCUCCGCCUGUGUGCCUAAGUCAAGCCUGAGCGACGCCAAACUUGGUACCCUUCUGGGCACCGUUUGCGGCUACACAGACUGCGGCGGCGUGGAUGCGAACGGCACCACUGGAGUGUACGGUGCUUACAGCAUGUGCCCUGUCAAAGACCAACUCGCUUUCGCCUUGAACAAGUACUAUAACGAGCAGGACCAGGCGCUGAGUGCCUGCACUUUCGGCGGUUCCGCUAGCACUAAGGCCACCACCAGUGCCACCGGCACCUGCUCCGCUCAGAUUAAGGAGGCUGGCACUGCCGGCACCGGCACUGUUACCACCGAAGCCACCGCUACUGCCGGCUCCAGCUCCUCCUCCAGCACUUCAACUGCGUCCACUGGUGCUGGUCCUAAGACCAUCCACACUAGCGUGAGCUUCGGCUCCAUCGAAGUUGCCGCCUACUCGGCUCUGGCUCUGUUCUCUGGUCUGGGCAUGCUUCUCCUGUAA